AUGGCNAGCGGACGAUCUAAUGGAGGCUGCGGUGCGGGUGGCGGACGAGGCUACAACGCACCACCUAACGCAGUCCAACAGCCGGUCAACCAAGCAUUCGUGAACCUCCAAGAGGAGACGCCCCAAGCACACGAACUGCUCGGCCCUCCCAAGCGGCAGAGGGGGCAAAACCCGAAGCGGGCCAAUUCCCCUCCCCGAGGACGAAUAACCAUGAUACUUGGCCCACCGGAGGACUGCGCAGACUCCGUCCGCGCAUUAAAGAAGAGAGCACGACAAGUUUGCACCCUUCGAACAGCUCCGAGCGAACCUUCACUCUGUUCGGACCCGAUAUCAUUCACUUCGGAGGAUGCUAAAGGAAUCCAACAUCCCCAUUCGGACCCUUUGGUUAUCGAGGUCACAAUGGGCGACUUCAACGUCGAACGAGUCCUGAUCGACACCGGGAGCACCGUCAACGUACUAUGCUGGCAAACGUUAGAAAAAAUGGGCGUCACACCAGACCAACUGAAACCCGAAACUCGAACGCUGACGGGCUAUGAUGGGGUCGCUAAGAUGUCAAUGGGCGACGUAAAACUACAAGUACGAGCUGGCGGAGUGACCCGGAAGACUAAGUUCGCAGUCAUUGAUGCACCUCCGAUCUACAACGCCAUUUUGGGGGUACCGUGGAUAUAUUCGAUGCAGGCCGUACCAUCGACCUAUCACCUCUGCCUCAAAUUCCCGACCACCACAGGAAUUUGCACACUUUAUGGCGACCAAAGGAUAGCCCGAGUGUGCUCUGUUAUCGAAAAAAAGCAGAGAACGGCGGAGAACGCAUAG